AUGGAAAAAAAAAGAGUAAUGGAAGAAAAACAAAAAGCCCGUAAGGAAAAAAAAGCCAAUAAAGCCAAUAAAGCGAAGAAAUCCAAAGAAAAAACAAGUAAAAAGGGAAAAAAUGCAGGACAGACAAGAAAAAAUAAAAAACAAGUUACUGAUAAUGGAAAGAAAAAAAAACAAAAAGUUGUAAGGAAAAAAAAAGAAAAAAGGCAUGAGUCAGAAUCUUCCGGAGAUGAAGAUGAUACAGAAUGUAUGUUCUGUACACAGCCGUAUUCGAAUGAUGUCACGGGAGAAGGAUGGGUACGUUGCGUCAACUGUUUGAACUGGGGACAUGAAGAAUGUGCAGGAAUAGACAGUGACGAUUUUGACGACUUUACAUGUGAUAUUUGCGUAACCGUUAAGUAUGAUAUGGCAAAAAAGCAAUUAGAGUUUUGA